CUGGCCGAGUCAGGUCGAUUUCUGCUAUUUUCUGCUAUAUACAAUCGUCUGCCCUCCAAGACUGCGAGAGAGACAGAGACGCUUUAUAAAGACCCUCGACAAGAUUCAUUGGUCAAUUGAGAUUCCGAAUUCAGUCUGUCAUUUCUGUUCGCACAACAUUCAAGGCUUUCUCACGUUGGUGCGACUCCGAGCAAUCACACGAUCAACAGCUGCUCACGACAACGACAACGACAACAACGACACAACCUGCCAGCAACACACAUAUCUAAUCUCAUCUGUUUCAACGGCUCAUCCAGCCCGAAGCCAGACAAUUGACUUGCAAUUAAUUCUGCUUUCCGUGCUCUGCCUCCCGUGAGGGGUCUCCACAAGUCAUACAAACACCUUCACCGCAGAUUCCCCGUUUCAUAGCUUGACAGGACUGCAACCAUGGUAGCAGAAACAAAGCUUUACGAUUCCUUGGGCCUCAGCCCAAAUGCAUCUCAGGAUGAGAUCAAAAAGGCUUACCGUAAAAUGGCCCUAAAACACCAUCCCGAUAAGAACAAAGACAACCCAAAGUCGGCUGAGAAAUUUAAGGAGGUCUCUCAGGCAUACGAAAUUCUGUCUGAUCCAGAGAAGCGGAGCACGUACGAUCAAUACGGAUUAGAGUUCAUGCUUCGCGGAGGACCCCCACCUCCAGAGCCCGGUGCUGGACCAAACCCGUAUGCCGGUGCAGGUGGCAUGCCAGGCGGCUUCGACUUUGGAGGCAUGCCAGGUGGACGACCGGGUGGUGUCCAUUAUGAAUUCCGCACUGGUCCUGGAGGAGGCGGAGGAUUCAGCUUCAGCAACCCUGAAUCAAUUUUCUCAGAGUUCCUCCGUGCCCAAGGAGGUAUGGGCGGCAGUGAUGGAUUCGAGGAUAUGUUUGGCUCUGGUAUGCCAAGAUCAAGUGGUGGGUUUGGCGGUCGAUCACGAAGUGCGCGGUUCGGUGGUGCGGAGCCGGCCUCGGCGGCUCCAGAGGUUACGACAGUCGUCAGACCUUUGCCUCUGACGCUAGAAGAGCUGUACAAUGGUACGCAUAAGAAGAUGAAGAUCAAGCGGAAAGCAUUUGAUGAGUUUACGGGGAAGAGAACGAUUCAGGACAAGGUCUUGGAGAUGGAUAUCAAGCCGGGUUUGAAGAAAGGCAGCAAAAUCAAGUUCAAAGGUGUCGGGGAUCAGGAAGAGGGAGGACAACAAGAUCUGCACUUUGUUGUAGAGGAGAAACCGCAUCCCCUAUUUACGCGUGACGGAGAUGACAUCCACCUCAAAGUCGAUCUGGAACUCAAGGAAGCCCUCACGGGUUGGAGGCGCACUGUUACUACCAUCGACGGCAAGCAAAUCAACCUUGAAAGGGCUGGCCCAACCCAACCCGGGAGCCGCGACACCUACCCCAACUUGGGUAUGCCACUGAGCAAGUCUCCGAACCAGAGAGGGAACUUCAUCAUAACCUACAACGUCAAGUUCCCUACCUCCUUGACGCCUCUGCAAAAGCAGAAGUUGAAGGAGAUCCUGUGAGCUGGGCCGGAGAUUCAACGAGUCUGAAAGUAGCGGAGUGAGGAGGAAAAGGGUGGUUCAAGAGCCUAGCAACAGGCAUGUUUCUUUGUAUUUAUUUUGGCGUUCGGCGAAGGGAGCGAUGAUGGGAAGGGAUGAUUGAUGAGAGCAUGAUGAGGCGUCACACUUCGUUUCUAGGGUUUCCUGGUCUUCUUUUCGAGUACAUAGGUUUGUCUAGAAUAAUCGGCAC